AUGGGCACCCGAUUCCUCCCGGCUCUGUUUCUCAUCCUCCUGGUACUGGGAUUUGAGGUCCAGGGGACCGUCCUUCCUGAGCAAGAUGAGCCCACCAGCCCGGCCCUGCUCACCCAGAUGAAGGAAUCUCUCUCCAGUUACUGGGAUAAAGCCAAGGCAGCUGCCCAGGACCUGUACCAGAAGACAUACCUGUCCACUGUGGACGAGAAGAUCAGGGACAUGUACGACAAAGGCACGACAGCUAUGAGCACUUAUGCAGGAAUUUUUACUGACCAGUUCCUUUCUCUGCUGAAGGGAGAUGAGUAA